CUCCGCAUCCUCCCUCCUCACUCGCCCUCUGCCUCUCUAGGCGGCUGCCGCGCGCUCUAGCCAGCAUCCCGACCACCGGACCCGUCUUCGGAUGUCGCCGGCCACCGCGGUGUGACGCCGAGGCUCGGCAGGGCGGAAACGGAGACUCUUUGCCCUCGGGAAACUGGAAAUUGGGAUUUUUCAUCUUUUUUUUUCACUGGAAUGUUCCCACUGGAUCGUUGGCCAUCCGGGAGGGAAAUGCGAUCCAAAGCCGGCUGCGCAAAGGAAGCGGGAUCAUGCGUUGCUUUAGCGGAUUAAUCCGCCCUGUGAUAGCGCUGCGUGACAACACCCCCCUCCAUCCCAUUGCCCUUCUCCUCCUCCUCAUCCGCCUCCCAUCAGCGCCGCUUCUGCACUCUGAAUUGUUGCUUUUUUUGUCGGGACAAGCUGAGGAAUCUAAAAAGAAGAUAGAAUAAAAGCAGGAAUUCCGGAACAAUCCGAGUCCCCAGGUAGACAGAUUUCCGGGACCCUAACAGGGCAGAAGCUGCCGGAUGAUCCCUCAUCUGGGAAUUUAAUAUUUUCUCCGCACACACAAAGCGGGACACAGUGAGGCGUACGCGUGCAUGCUAAGUAGGGAUCGGGUUUGGAAUUUUUUUGCUGCAGCGCCACGCUCCCGUGCACGGAUACAAAACCUUCCCACCCUUCCGUCUGCUCCCUGGUCGUCGUCAUCUGAGCUUUCUUCCCAAGUUGAGCGCGGGUCGGGAUUCCGAGGCUGACUGAUUGUCCGCGCGCCGCACACUCUCCACGCAUGUUCCUCUUGUCCGAUUGGCCUUCUCCGUGCGCGGAUUAUCAGCGAAUCCCGUCGUCCCCGCCUUGGUCCGGAAUGUUUGUGACACACGCAGGAUUAACCCCCAAUGAGUCGUAAAGAAGGGCCGGGAAGGAUGAGUGAGGGUUCCGGAGCCACCGGGACGGGCGCGGUGAUCUUGGAGGAACCGGAACCGUCGGGGACCUCGGGCGCCUCCGGGGCCCGUGGCGAGGGGCCGGCCCGACACCAGGGUCCAUUGGGGUGCGCCCUGUGGCCCCGCCAGCAAACGUGGCUCUGUGCAGUUCCUCUUCUCAUCGGGUUCAUCGGGCUGGGUUUGAGUCUGAUGCUUCUGAAGUGGAUCGUGGUCGGGACCGUACGGGAUUACGUACCCACAGACCUGGUGGAUGCCAACCGGAUAGGACAGGACCCAAUUUUCCUCUCAAAACCCAGCGGGAUUCCCAAAGGACCCGAAACCACCACUGCCGCCAGCACUCCCACUGCCGAGCGAGCGCCCAAAACCGUCACGGUCGGGAAGGGUAGAACUCGAUCUGGCGAUACCACCACCACUACCGCUAGCCCCAGGGCAGGCGGGGCCUCCGGUAGCCUGGCGACCCCUCGCAAUCACGGACAUCGGAACGGACGCGUUCCGCCGGGUUAUACUCCGCCGCCUCGGACCACCCAAAGGAAAGGGGAGGCCACGUCCAGUCCGUCUCCGUCGAAUCCGACCGUGCUCAACGACUCCACGCAGAUGUGGACUUCGGAACGUACCACCACUGGGGCCGUCACCACCACCGCCGCCACACACAGACACGGACGACACAAAACACUGUCCCCGACAGUGCCGCCUGUGCGCUCGGAGCAUUUCAAGCCGUGUCACGACAAGGACUUGGCCUACUGCCUGAACGGCGGAGAAUGCUUCGUCAUCGAGACCCUCAGCGGACCUCACAAGCACUGCAAGUGUCGAGAAGGCUACCAGGGCAUCCGCUGCGACCAGUUCCUCCCCAAGACCGACUCCAUCCUGUCCGAUCCAAACCACCUGGGCAUCGAGUUCAUGGAGAAAAAGGAGGUGUACCAAAGGCAGCUGCUGUCAAUCACGUCCAUCGCCAUGGCCAUCGGCCUCCUGGGAGUGCUUUGUGUCGCCCUCUACUGCCGAAACAAGCGUCGACGGGAGAAGCUUCAAGCUCACUUGAAAGAAAGUCGAAGCGGGGAAAACUACGCGACAAAUGUCACCAACGUCCUGUACGGCAAGAGAAACUGCAAAGCCGACAUCAGAAUGCAGCAGUAUUGUAAACAUCCUCCUGCGUGUGACUCAAGCUUCAUGCCAAUCAGAAGCAGCCUGAAGCUCACCGUAGAGCAGAGGAGUCUCGCGGCCCGUUGGUCGAGCGGCCGCAAGACCCCGCCCAUCUCGAGAGGAUGCGCCAAGGCUUUCGGUCUGGCCUAUCAGCACCUCCGAGAGGCGGAGCUUACUGAAAGGGAGGCGGAACCUCCACACGGUUACGUCCAUCAAGAAGCUCCUCGCCGGAUGGAGCCCGGACGCCAAGUCCUGGCAAAUAUGCAAUGCGGCGGCGGCGAUUCACGCCGCCCGGCCUCCGUCCUCAUCAUCCCAUCCGUGCGGGGUCGCCACGAUUACGAGGUUUCCUGUAUGCAAACCACAUUGAUGUCAUCGAACGAAGUCUGCGAGCGCUCGGCGCCAGAGCGCCGGCACGAGGAGCUGGAAGCGAGGCGGCCACGCGUUUCGGCGAGGCGGCGGACGGAGGACGGUCGCGCCGCCCCCGUUGGCGGACCGGCGCGAGCAAGAGAAAUUGUCUGCGUCCUCGACCUCAACGUGGGCGGAGCUACGCACACUCAGUUAUUAAGAGAGCCGGACCAAUAAACACACAGGAAAAAGCGCUCUCGUCCGAAUGAAGAAAACACGGAAUUCUGUACACACGCAAAAUGGCCGCCGGGAAGGAAGGAAAAAAUACACGACGAAAAACAUACCAAAUAACCCGUCGCGCCGUGCUGGUUUUCACUGUACAAAGAAUAUAUGAAUAUAUAUAUAUAUAAAUAUGAUAUAUGGAUAUAAAUAUACGGAAUUCAAAAAGUGACCAAGUCGAAGAACAAUGACAGGAAUGAUGUACGUCUUUUUUUUUUUCUUCUCCGUUUUGUACGACGAACGAGACAAAAACGGACAAGGACACGCCAAGUGAAGUCACGGGGAGGGAAGGAAGCACAUUUUCUGAUUGUUCUUCAUUUGAUUUUUCAUCCACGUGGGUUGACAAGCGGCACCACCUUGUGGCCUGGCUGUUUGAGUGUUGAAACAAGAAAUAAAUGUCUUUAUGUUGUAGCUUCACUGUGUAAGUCUUAAUAUUUGACGUUGAGGGUAAGAUGUUGUUUAAUUAUUGACCAACAAUUUUUUUGUAACCUGUCCUGUUCAGCUGCUUGACACAAAGAAUGGAAAUCUGAGUGUCCGACUGGUCUGAGCAGUUUGUAUUUGAGAAAUAUCGGAUCGGACGCCGAUAUGGGCAAAAAAUGCGCAUCGGUAUCGGAUCAAAACACGGAAAAAUUCCGAUCCAGACUUCUGAUCCAGUUUUUUUUAAAAGUCCAGUCCGCGUUUUCCAGCGCACCGUUUACAUAAUGCAUUCCAGUUUUUGCUUUGGUUUCCCAAAAUCCGGUCCGCAUUUUACGGCACACCUUCAACACACUAUAUUUACAUUACCGUCUCCCAAUUUACCGAGAGACUUUAUCGGUAAAAACGUCAGCUGUGUGGGAUCAUUUCACCUUAAAGGACGAAGAGGCAGAGUGCAACAUAUGCCACAAUAAAGUCAAGCGUAGUGGUAAAGCUGUAAGAAGUUUUAACACAACCAACCUAAUCAAGCGUUUAGCGAAAUACCACCACAAACAAUAUAAGGAGUAUGUUAAGAAAACCGAAGACAAAAAGAAAGGUCCUACGCAACUAACACUGGCAGAAACUUUUGCUAUGCGUGACAAACUGACACCCGACAGUCCAAAAACCCAGGGAAUAACAAGAGUCAUUGCCGAAGAAUUCAUUCUGGAUGACGAGCCAUUUUCUCUCGUGAGUAAAGAAGCACCAUCCAACACUUAGAACCACGAUACAACAUGCCCAGCCGUCAUUACAUCCUUGAGCGAUUCGGCCGUGGAAGAUUCGAGAACGAUUCACAAACAUCCAAAUUCCGAUUAUUGAAAUAUGUCAAGUAAAGCGGAACUAAUACACAGCGC